AUGCGAGUAGCCGCGCCAUUGCUCUCACAUGUAUUGCAUUAUACCAGCCGCUCUACGCUAUGUACUUUAUACGACCAACUCUCACAGAGUAGCCUUAAGCAUGCUCCCGAGCCAGCUCGCUAUUAUGCAAACGCUCUCGCUAUUACCCUGCGAGCAGCUCACGCGAAAUUAGCCGCAUACUCCGAGCCCUUUCCUGCGCUACAACCCAUUUGCAUUACCAAGCCCAGCUCGCUAUUAUUACUUUGCCACGAGCCAACUCUACGAUUAGCCCAGCCGCGCCAACCGAGCAGCUCACACUGUAUUACGCAUUAUACCAGAGCGUACGCUGUAUUACGCAUUAUACCAGGCCGGCUCUACGCUAUUAUUGCAUUAUACCAGGCCGGCUCUACGCUAUUAUUGCAUUAUACCAGGCCGGCUCUACGCUAUUAUUGCAUUAUACCAGGCUGGCUCUACGCUAUUAUUGCAUUAUACCAGGCUGGCUCUACGCUAUUAUUGCAUUAUACCAGGCUGGCUCUACGCUAUUAUUGUCGCAUACCGGGCCAGCUCCACGCAAUUAUUGUCGGAUACCAAACCAGCUCUGCGCUAUUAUUGCUUUAUACCGAGCCGGCUCUACUCUAUUAUUCCGCAUGCCGAGCCAGCUCUAUGCUAUUGUUGCCACAUACUGAGCCGCUCUACGCUAUUGUUGCCGCAUACCAAGCCAGCUUUACCAUAUAAUUGCCGCAUACCGAGCCAGCUCUAUGCUAACAUUGCCACAUAAAGAGCCAGCUCAAAGGGUAUACAUUUGGAUCUCAGUGGAUACCAACGUUCACAGGAGGGAAAGCGGAAGAAAAUGAAAAAUCUAAUGCCAGCAAAAAAAAAAAAGGACCAGCAGAAUUAAUGAAUUAAGAAGCCUCUCUCCUUGUUAAACUAGCUAAAUAGACAUAGGAGCAGAUAAGUAGAGAUAAACAGUGAUAACAUCUUAAAACAAACGUGCUAAAACGAGUGCCGUGCCCAUAGACCAGGAGGAAAAACGCCCAACGCGUGUUUCGGUGCAGUAUUAGAUGCACCUUCGUCAUCUGGAUUCCAGCGACAGCUACUUUGGUUCUUAUAGCAUGUCACACUGGUGGGUCAUGUAAUUACAUUGUAGCACAAAGCGGCAGAACGAGUUAUACAAUGUAUUGAGUUUAUUAAGGUGGGUUUGCGGUGCAGGUGCAUAUACUACAUCCCCAUAAUCAAUGACUGGCAUCAGCAUUUGCUGUACAAUCUUUUCCUUUACUGAAGGGCAAGCAUGUCAAACUUGCGGCCCACGGCCCAUAUGCCGCCCACAAUGGACAUCUUUGCGGCCCAGCAAGCCGCGAGUACAUGAUUGGUGUUAAAGCAGACUAAGCACUGGCUUUCCCCACAUUGCAGGUGCCUACUCUGCUAGAAAUUUACCCGGCCGGGGAGGAGGGCCAGCGAGUGAGCUUAGUGUUCCUGCUCCUCACUGCUCCCUCUCGCGCGCCAUCUGUAGUGAAGCCGGGCCCUGGAAUAUGAUGUCAUAUUCCGGCAUCACUAAACUGCUCGCCAGUGAGGAGCAGAUAGAAGAUGUGACGAAGCGCCCUUCGCCACUUGUGCCUGGAGGGGACUACUGGCUAGCCUCCUGCCUUCCGACUAUGGCCCCUGUGCUGAUAGCUGUAUUUUAACCUGCAGAAAGGUUUAUUUGUGUAUUUCUGCUGGGGCGUUAGGGACUUUCAGUAUGUGAGUAGUGCUACCCCAGAGAGCUAUGUCAUGGAGCCUAUUCAUGUAACGAAAGACUAUGGAAAAGACUUUGGCUCCAUGGCGAUUGAACUGUAUGUAUGUGAUCUGAGCGCCAUUCGGUAAUAAUGUGCACUCAGAUCUAAGCUAUCUGGGGAUAUGUUGCAUGUAUAUGUUUUAUGUAGUAAUUGUAACAUUGUGUAAUUUUAUGUCUUUUUGUAACCAUGUGGUUAAUGGAGUCUUGCCUCUGUCCUGGGAGAUAAUUUGAUUACUUCCCAAUUAUCUCCAGGAUAGAGAGGAGGUAUUGUAAUGUCACUGUGGGAGUGUUUUGUUUGUAUUGUCUGUGAUCGGCUAAUAUCCAAUAUGUGUCCCAUUGUUCCAUCAGGUCCCCUAGGGAAGUGUCCACCUUGUGGACACUUGCAUAAAUACCAGGCAGGUAGCCCUAAAUAAACCAGACCUACUUGCACCUUUCGUAAAGCCUUGGCUCAUGCUUGGGGGGAAGGGAUACCUACACUCUGGGGAUUGCUA